AGCGGCUCCGGGAACUCUACAGGUAUUUACAGGGAGUAGGCAGCAGGUACACGACGUGGAGGGGGAACGGAUGAUGGAGCAGUGGGUACAUGACGUGGGGAGCACAGCUGAUACAGUGAGACUGGAUCUCCGAUGACGUCACCCGGGUUUCCUCAUCCGCCUGCAGUGGAGCUGCGCACACAUGACUUUGAACGGGAAUCCAGAAAUUUGAUUUCCCAGGAACUUCAUUGUACGGCGUUGGGCGAGUACUGCCGUACGCACCGGAUCCCACGCGCGCUGCGCUCACGUUUACGGCCCACGCUGUUUAGGGAGGAUGAGUCCUACUGCAAGCAAUUUGAGAAUAUUCUGAACAAAUGUUCCUUCGACUUAAUGGUUCUGACCAUCGAUUACCUGCAGAAGUCCAUCAAGGAGACGAGGGAGAAGGUCUGCACCAUAGAGCGCCAGUUAUCGGCCCGUCUGCCUGCCGACGACUGGCAGUCUCUAAAAGCGGGCAUGGAGAAAGAUCUGACCAAUUUCCGAAAGGAAGUGGAGAAGAAGGUAAGGGAGACCUUCCUCCAGGAUACAGAAGACUACCAGCUCAAGCGCGUCUACAGGUGGCAGGAGCCUCCAUCGCGUUACUUCAGGAGCUCGAGCAGCGGCUCCAGGAGAGGAGAUCCCUGCGUGGUUAGGCAUCGGGAGACAUCGCACCGGUCCAGGUCCCGAGUGACGAGCUCAGGCAUCCGCCCCUGCAGACCACUCCGCACACAUCCAGACUCUCUGCCAGAUCCGAGAGGCCUGGAGCGGACACCGGCAAGCUGCGUUUCUCUGCCUUAUAAGAAGAAUCGAGUUGGGUGUACUGGAGGGUCUGUGGGGGUCGUGCUGGAGAAAUCAAAAAGUCCUAAGAAAACUGCCAGAAGCCAUGAAGCAGUGGAUAGUCCUCCGGCUGGAUCAGAGUCAUCGCACCGUGAUAUAAAAGGGAUCUUAAUAUUAAGAGAAAGCCAUACAUACAAUAAUGUCCCCACCGCUCCGCCACUGCACCAAAUUGAUAAGGAGAUUGGCCAACAGCAUAGUAAUCCCAGAACAAGUGAUAAAAGUAUGGAGAAACUGGGGCAGCGAGGUAGUCCUCCUGAUAUGAAUGUCAAAAACAUUUGUAGACCGUCUAGAAAAAGCACAGAAUCUAAAGCUGGAAGCCUCAUAAGUGGUGGGAAAAAAUCAGUGUCCACCAGGGACCACAAGAAACCAUUGGUCACUUAUCCUGGAAAGAGACCUUGUACCUGUGCUUCUGUCAGCAGUGGGGCUGGUGGUACAAAUGGUGUCUCUGACGGGUCUGCAGAUCAGCAUCCAGAGGCGGUCUGCGCUUUUGGGGGAUAUAAUAAAUGUCGAAGCAGUGACGAGCCAGGCUCGGAGGUGUGCGGAGGAGCCACGAUGCCUGCUGUGUACAGUAUGAUCAGGUCACUGCCUGGCACAGAUCAGCAUUGUGCAAAUAGCAAUAAAUGCAAGACCUCACGUGUGUCCAGGAGUAAGCGGGCUCGUAACUGCAAGCUGGCCAAAAAAUCUCCAAACCGGAAAGGUGGAGCUUUAUUUCAAAAGGUUUCAAGAAGGUUUCAAGAGUGCAACAAAUGCCGAAAAAAAUUCUCUGUAGUGGUUAUCAAAAGCAGACGUCGCCACGGAGCGGAAGUGUCACGAUGGAGCGUGCGUUCAUGUGGUACCGGCAAGAGUAAGACAUGUACCGAAUGCAAGAAGAUGAUCCACGGCAGAAGGCUCUCAUCUGGAAAGGAAGCCUAUUCCUGCACCGAGUGUGGAAAGCGCUUUCUGCAGCGCGCGCUGCUGGACCUUCAUCAGAAGAGCCACGUCGAAGAGAAACUCUUUUUCUGUGCUCUCUGCGGGAAGCGCUUUGUGCAGCAAUCGCUGCUGCUCUUACAUCAGAAGACGCACACAGUCAACAAACCGUAUCGGUGCAUGGAGUGCGGGAACCUGUUCUUCAGGAAGGCAUUAUUUGCAGAGCAUCUUAGGAGCCAUAAAGAAGCAAAGCCAUGUCGUUGCUCUGAUUGCGGCAAGUGUUUUGCAGACAACACCACACUUGUUAUACACCAGAGAAUCCACACAGGGGAGAAACCAUUCAGCUGCCAAGAGUGCGACAAAAGCUUUAGUCAGCACUCGACCCUGGUGUCCCACCAGCGCAUCCACAGUGGUGAGAAGCCGUAUGAAUGCCGCGUGUGCGGGAAGCGAUUCAGAGACCGCUCGUCCUUGGCUUGUCAUCAGAGAAUCCACAAUGGCGAGAAACCCUUCAAAUGUCAGGAGUGCGGCCAGAGGUUUACACAAAGCUGCAACCUGCGCAGACAUGAGCGCCUGCACAUGGGACAAAAACCGUAUGUCUGUAGCAAGUGUGGAAAAGCUUUCAAUGAGUCCACAAAGCUAAAAUCCCAUGAAAACGUUCAUCUAAAGAAAGAAAGGAAAGAGGCCCAGAGGACAAAAUGAAGCCUGUGAGAGGAAGGGAUUUGUGUCAGACAUAAAUGUAAUGGAAAUGAUGUGUCUCGUGUGGCUUCUUAUGUCUGUCCAUAUUCUGUGGAUCAGCGGAGGUCAGCCCAAUACAUUAUGGUAGCCGCAUCUGAGAGCCACGCGUUUGGUAUGGUGUCUCGUGGCUGCCUAUUUUCAGCGUGCACAUGGUCACAUAUAUGCCAUCACUUUCCUUUGAGCACCACUCCAUUCACUUCUGUGGGACCGGCGGAGAUGGAGCCACGCCAUAGAAAUCAAUGGAGCAUUGCUCACACAUGUCCACCACUUUUAUCCUCCCUGUAGGAGGUGGUCAGACCAGCCACAAUCAGACUCAAUGUAGGAGAUAAGUAUUAGAAAACCCCUUUAUAGUCACAGUCCUGAGCGCAGCAGAGACGGAUUAACUGCACUUAGGCUGGGCUCCAUUUUUCCUACUAAAGGUGAAGCAACUAGUUACCAAAUACAGGGGCAGGUACGUUCUCAUGUAGGCGAUCUGGGAAGUGACUAGUCAAACCCCUUUACUAGGAGUGUGGUUGUCAGUCACUAUGGUGUGAUUCAUCUGCCCCAUUGUGUUUGACAACUAGAGAAAGGGAAAGGUGGAGCUAGCGUAGGCGGAUUGGCCAUAGACCACCUGGGCCCUUCUCGCAGCCGGCCAGUGGAAGUUUUUGGGGAUGUACAGUACAGACCAGAAGUUUGGACACACCUUCUCAUUCAAA